CGUGGCCCAUUUUCUCCACCGCUACCCACGCAAACCACGAACUAUAGUGCACCGCAGAACUCAGUGCGCCACCAAACCUGUAACCGAGAACCCCCGGUCACCGGCGGUAAAUUGGAGAUGGCGUCGGUGACCACAUGCCCAACACUGCUACUAGUGUGCCCCAACAAGAACAAGUACAGCUCAUUUGUCCCAACAACCAAGUCCUUCUGUUCAAAACCUCAGUCACGGCGUUACAGACGAGUCGAGAAGAAGAGACUCAAAAUGGGUGAUCUUCUUGUUUGUAAGGCGACCCCCAGGAAAUCCUCAACCAAUACCAAAAUCAAUGACAGUGCUAUUAGCACCACGACCCCGGAAAUUAAUGAGAAUGUACGGAGAGUAGUUCAGAUUACUUUGUGGGUUACUGAGGGAAUCUACAUCUUGUGGCUCUUCUUGCUUCCCUAUGCCCCUGGGGAUCCUGUGUGGGCCAUUAGUUCGGACACAAUCAAUUCUCUAGUGGGCCUUUCUCUUAAUUUUUUCUUAAUUCUGCCAUUCAUGAACUCUGUUGGCAUUCAUCUAUUGGAUGCACCAGUACUUCAUCCGAUGUCUGAAGGAUUAUUCAAUUUUGUUAUUGGGUGGACAUUCAUGUUUGCUCCUUUGCUAUUCACUGAUAGAAAGAGAGACAGAUAUAAGGGAUCUCUAGAUCUUCUAUGGGGCUUCCAAAUGUUCCUCACAAACACAUUUUUAAUACCUUACAUGGCUAUCCGGCUAAAUGAGGCUGAUGCGGAAUACACUCCAAGAAAGACCUCUCAACUGGGGUUGUUUAUGACAAAUGGUGCACCUGUUGUUGGACUGAUUGGUGGUGCUGUAUGUCUGAUAUCGACAUUGUGGGCCCUCUUUGGCCGAGCGGACAAUAACUUUGGGAGUAUCUCAGAGAGAUGGGAGUUCUUGAUGAGUUAUCUACGAUCUGAAAGACUCGCUUAUGCCUUCAUUUGGGAUAUUUGUCUCUACAUAAUUUUCCAGCCCUGGUUGAUAGGAGAUAACAUACAAAAUGUUCAGAAAGACAAGGUUGAUGCAGUAAACGUUCUUAGAUUUGUCCCAGUAGUUGGCUUAGUUGCAUACCUUCUUUCUUUUAAUAUUGAGGAGGAGAUCUAGCCAUGUACGUUUUCAACUAAGAUUUUGUAACUGAAUUCUUCAUGUUUUUGCCUAUUUAAAUGGUUUGUAUUUAGAAGAAUAAUAGCUCAUUUUUUUCUUUACUCUUGUGGUUUGUUUAUGACCAGUUGCAGAACAAGCGUGAGCAAUGGCAAAAAAAAACUGCAUAAACCAAUGCAUUUGUGGGUGGUGUUAAGAAUUCUU